AUGAGAUUUCAUGGCACCGAUGCCUUUGGUCCACAGCUGCGGGUGCCCUGCGGGUGCGCUGCACAGGAUGCCCAUUGCACAGGCUGGAUGUCGGAAAACUCCGCGUCGGCCAAAGCUGGAAAAGAGUCUUCCAAAGAAGGGGAUGCAGAAGAGCACAAGCAGGAUAAGCAGGUGUUGUGGCAGCAUCCCUUCUCCGACAUGCGACUUCCCAAGGUGAAGAACAAACACACGGCAACGGUGCAGGUCUCUGCGGAGGAUCUCAUCCCUGGCCCUCCGCUGCGCACGGCAGCGCCACUGAACAAGUUCGGCACAUGGGGAGACCAGGCCAAAAUGGCUGGGACUUGCACUCCUCAGCUUGGGAUCAUGGGGAUCCUCCUUCGUGCUUUGCUCGUGGAAGCGCCCGUGGAUUUCGCACUGGAGAGGCAGACUUCGGGCUGUCGCCAGUUCCUUGCAGGACGCCAAGAAGGCGCUGUUGACCCGUGCACCGAGGUACAGAACUAUGACUGGGUGAAUGCAAAGUCAUACAGCACCGACAGCACAAUUGCGCAAGAGGAGCACGAUGACGUGUGGCGCGUGUCCAAGACGCGCCUACAGCAUUGGCCACAGCUGGAACAACAGCAUAUACACGAGGUAAGUUUCAGUUCAAAACCGCAGCGAUUCUGCGACACGGCCGAUGCUGAAGCACUGGGGGACCCCGGGGACAACAUUUUCAUCAUCAACCUGCCUCGCCGACCGGCGAAACUGAAGCAUGUCUUGGCGCAGCUCCAUGCAGAAGGAUUGAAUGCAAAGAUUGUGGACGCCAUUGACGGUGAUGCCUUCACUUCCCAGGAAGAGAUCGCCAAGCUUGGUGCAAGCACGCUGCCCAACUAUUGCGGGCAUAAGCACACGCUGCCACACCUCACCACCGGCCAGCUUGGCUGCUUCAUGAGCCACUUCACAAUCUGGCACUACAUGGUCGAGCACAGCAUUCCAUCAGCUUUGAUUCUAGAAGAUGACUUCGACUUGCAAGAGAAUUUCAGGGAAAGACUUGGCAACUAUUUGGAAGAAGCGCGAAGCCAUGAUUGGAACCUCAUGUACCUGGGGCGCAGUCCGACAGAGCCUGACAUCUCCCGCAUCAGCACGCACUUGGCACAGCCCGGAUACACUCUAUGGACAGUGGGGUACAUCUUCAAGUUGGAUGCAGCUCGAGCUCUGGUAGAGGCCAAUGUGGAGACCAGACUGGCCCCUUUGGAUCAUUAUUUCUCGGUGGCCAUGGGGCAGGGCUUCAGUGGCCAUUGGAACGAGAACGCAGUGGAGUGGAGCAAGUACAUUCCACAGGUCUUGCGCGGAUUGGCAAUAACCCCACCACUAGUGAUGCCGUACGUCGGUUCAAUGUUCCUCAGCGACACAGCCAUGUUGCGAAAUGGCACAAAGUUUGUGACGGACUUGCCUCAGUGCGAGGGCGAUCCUUGGCCAGCCGGCCGCAAGCACGAGGCCGAGUGGCGCGCGGCGCAAGGGGUUAGUGAGCUAUGA